ACUUUUCUGAGCGUGGCCAUAAACCCUUGAGAGCACCGUCGGCCGUCGCCUCCUCUCUGAAGGUGCGGGCUUUUGCGCCCUAUCGGCCGCCGAAAUCGAUGUUCGUUUGCGACCCAUGGAUCCCUCUUUGAAUCGUUCGGCAGCAGAGGUCGAGGAAGAUGAGUGGGAGUACUAGAUGUCAAAAAGGAAGGAGCUGCGUUCUUAUUCAUCAUUCCAACAUUUCAAUCAACUUUAGUUGCAUUUAUGUUACAGAUACUGAUGGAUUUGUUAUCCCAAGCUUGACUAUCGAGGAUUCAGAUUUUGCCAACACAAAUGUGCCUGCAGUAACAGAACCUAUACCUCACGAGACGACAACCAAAGAAACUGAGAAAAUCUAUUUGGGGCCUCAUGGUGCUCCUCCUCAAGCCAAGCAGCAAGAAUCAAAUGCAACUGGCCAUAAGCAGCGGUCCAAACAUAAACUGAGGGAAGCAGACCAAAGGUGGCAUUCAGGAAUAGGGCGCGGCGCGAGAACAAGAUAGAGACUUCAACAAUGGCAACGUACCAAUUGGUUAGAACCACAUUGCCAUGAUUCUCUGUUUGACAAGCAUUAGCAUUAUUAUUAUUAUUAUUAUUAUUAGACUGGUUUUCUAAGACCAUCUACUGCAUCACCUAAGUGGUCACCUGCUGUUUAGCUGCAUGGGCUUUUAUCGUCAUUGUCGACACUGGAUCUUAGUUGUUAAAUUGAAAAGCAGAACUUUUGUUUGGUUUUCA